GAGGCCCUUGUGAGGCCCUCCGCAGCCCUGGGGGGCGCCGCCCGGCCCCAGGCCCACACAUGGCCUGGGCACCAUGCAUCCCAGCAGGCGCAGCCUCCCGUUCCCCCUGAAUUGUCAGCUUGUGAGGGUUGGAACCGCCGACUAUGGAGGGCUGUCCGAUCAGAGUGACCAGCAGCUGGACUGUGCCUUGGACCUAAUGAGGCGCCUGCCUCCGCAACAGAUUGAGAAGAACCUCAGCGACCUCAUCGACCUGGUCCCCAGUCUGUGUGAAGACCUCCUGUCUUCUGUUGAUCAACCCCUGAAAAUUGCCAGAGACAAGGUGGUAGGGAAGGAUUACCUCCUGUGCGACUACAACAGAGAUGGGGACUCAUACAGGUCACCGUGGAGCAACAAGUACGACCCUCCUUUGGAAGAUGGGGCCAUGCCGUCUGCUCGGCUGAGGAAGCUGGAGGUGGAGGCCAACAAUGCCUUUGACCAGUACCGAGACCUGUACUUUGAAGGCGGUGUCUCGUCUGUCUACCUCUGGGAUCUGGAUCACGGCUUUGCCGGAGUGAUCCUCAUAAAGAAGGCUGGAGACGGAUCCAAGAAGAUCAAAGGCUGCUGGGAUUCCAUCCAUGUGGUGGAAGUGCAGGAGAAAUCCAGUGGUCGCACGGCCCACUACAAGUUAACCUCCACGGUGAUGCUGUGGCUGCAGACCAACAAAUCCGGCUCGGGUACCAUGAACCUCGGGGGCAGCCUGACGAGACAGAUGGAGAAGGAUGAGACCGUGAGCGACUGCUCCCCACACAUAGCCAAUAUUGGGCGCCUGGUGGAGGACAUGGAGAAUAAAAUCCGGAGUACGCUGAAUGAGAUCUACUUUGGAAAAACAAAGGACAUUGUCAACGGGCUGAGAUCUAUUGAUGCUAUCCCUGACAACCAAAAGUUUAAGCAGUUGCAGAGGGAGCUUUCCCAAGUGCUGACCCAGCGCCAGAUCUACAUCCAGCCUGAUAAUUGAGCCGAUCCAGGUCUGUGCAGACCUUUGCAGACAAAUCAAAACAAGAAGCGCUUAAGAACGACCUGGUGGAGGCUUUGAAGAGGAAGCAGCAGAGUUAAAGCCUGCUCCGCUAACCGGACAUGCCGCGCACUCUUUAGGUUCCUUUCCUAGAAAACUUGUUUCUGCUCCCUGUCCCAGUCCCUCCCUCCCCGAAGGUCCCGCCCCACCUCGCACCAUCAACAGCACAGCGCCAUCUCCCCGAGAAUAAAGCCCAGUAAGCGCCCUG